CAUGUGUACUAAAACACACGGAUAUGAGAAUGAGUUGCAAAACCUUUCCCGCAUAGGUAUGAGGCGAGUAUCAGUUUUGAUAUUUUAAAGCGAGAAUGGAGAUGGUUUAGACAAACCCCAAACCCGGGCCAUUGCCAUUACCAUUACCUCUGGACAACUUUUGUUUCAUAACCAACGUAUUUAUUUAUUUAUUUAUUUUUCCGAAAGCCCUCAAUUAAAAUAAUUAUAGUUUUAAUUUUUAUCAGAAAAAAUAAUAAAUUCAAAAUUUAUUUGUAAACACCAGGAAACGAAAGGGGCAUGUAACUGAAAAAUGGUGGAAAAAAGAAAGAAAAGGGAAACGGACAUUGCCGUGGAAGGCAAGGACAGAGGGGUUCGACGAUUGGAUCGAACAACCGAAGUAAAAAAAAAAAAACAGGACGGAAGAAAAGAAGGUAUGGCAGCUGGACCGAUUAGGCAGGCGGCAUCCCCAUCCCAAAUCCCCUAAGCCGAGCCGUGGAUCCCCGAUGACGCCACUCCGAGCUGGCCCCCGUUCCCCUCACGCGCCUUUUCCCCACUUCCCCCCGCCCGCCCGGCGACCCCUCUCUCUCUUUUAUUUCGACACUCCUAAUCUUUCGCCCUCAUGCGUCCGGCGCGUCACCCUCGCCGCACCGACACCUUCCCCUCUUUUACCCCUCUUCUCUCUCUCUCUUUUCUCUCCGUUCAAUCCCCCUUCCCCUCUUUUCCAAUCUUUAACCUAGGUUUUCCACCACCGCCGCCCGCCGCCGAUCGAUUGAUUCCCCUUCCACCGCAAUCCAUCCUCCAUGGGCGACCUAACGGAUUCCGGCACUCCCUCCAGCAACCCUAACUCCCGCCCUCUCCCCAUCAGGGAGGACUGCUGGAGCGAAGAGGCCACCGCCACGCUCGUCGAGGCCUGGGGCAACCGCUACGUCGAGCUCAACCGGGGAAACCUCCGCCAGGCCGACUGGAAAGAGGUCGCCGCAGCCGUCAACGCCAUCCAUGGCCUCACCAAGAAGACCCACCGCACCGAUGUCCAGUGCAAGAACCGGAUCGACACCAUCAAGAAGAAGUACAAGGUCGAGAAGACCAGGAUCACCGCCUCCAACGGCGUUCUCACCUCCUCCUGGCCCUUCUUCGACCGAUUGGACGGCCUGAUCGGAUCUAAUUUCCCCGCCACCGCCACCAAGAAACAGCAGCCGCAUCGCCACCCAUCCCCGUCUCUCUCCCCUUCCCCGCCGGUGGCCCUGCCGCUCACGUCCUCGUACCGCCGGACCCCUUCCUCGAACCCACCCGUGGCGGCGCUCGGCCAGAAGAGGCCCGCUGCCGAGGACAUCUAUUUGAGGAGGAACUUGAUGGCUGCCGCUGCGGCGGCUGUCGAAUCGGAGAGUGAAGAGGAGGAGGAUGAGCCACAGCAUCAGCAUCAUCAGGACAGGGAGAACAACAACAACAGCGACAAGGACGAAGAGAUUCGGAGGCUGGCCAGAGCUAUUGAGAAGUUUGGAGAGGUCUACGAGAGAGUCGAGAGGGAGAAGUUGAGGCAGAUGGUGGAUUUGGAGAAGCAAAGGAUGAAGUUCGCUAAAGAUGUGGAGAUGGAAAGGAUGAGGGUUUUUACUGAGACUCAGAUUCAGCUGGAGAAGAUCAAGAAGGGCAAGCGCUCUGCUGGACCUCCUAAUGGACUAGCAGUUUUGGGAAUUAUUUGAGACUUGGCCUCGUCGUAGCACAUAACCUAGUCUGUUUUGUCACCUUCAAGAUUGCAACUUUAGCUUUUAGAUUAGAUGACUUGCUUUCCCCCCUGUUUAGAUUUGUAAACGAGUGGCUCUUUCUUGUGUGAGAAGGGACUUAGAGGUUGUGGACACAAGGAUGCCUUCUUUCUCCUCUUUUAUCUAUGUUCUCUUGUAACUUAUUGUUUAGCCAGGCCUUAAGUUUACAACAAUUGUGUAUCUGUAGCCUUUUAUCAAUGGAUGAAGAAUGUGGAGUCCUGAUGCUUUCCUAUGCUGUUCAUUUCUGCAUUUUUUUGUCAAUGAUUCCGGUUGAUAGCACAUGCGUUUGAUAGGCUUAAAUUGAUGAAUCUGGGUGAAGAAAAAUAGUAGUCGUUUGCCUUCUUUCUGAUGUUUCUUAUAGGAAGUUCAUUCCUAAAAUAUGGCAGAAGACCUAAUUCUUUGUUUAGGUUUUCUGGGAAUAGAUAAAGGGAUAUGGAAUGG